UCCGCUGCCACCGUCGAGUACAGCGCCGAGGACCAGAGCAUCACGUGGUUCAAAUACGCUUUGCCCAAAUCAAGCACAACAGUGGUCAAAUUCUACAAAACCAACGAGACCACAACCAAUUUUUCGAUGUCAUCGAUGGUUUCUCUAUGCCAGAGAAGUGGCGGUGUCCCUGGUGACAUCCUGACAGCGGACGACUUGGCAAAUGUCAAAGCGAACGUCGAUCUCACAUGGUCCGUAGUAUUGACUCCGGCAACUCUGACCGGCGGCAAGUUCGUCUGGAGCAACGGAGAAGAAGUCACCGCAUCUGGAGUGUUUAAGAACGGGACUACGUUCAUCGACGCUUUUACAGGUUAUGGACCAUAUGUAAUGAUGGACUCUACAUACAAGCUCUUGAGGUGCACGCAGGUGUCAAAAUAUAUCCCUUUCCCUGUUCUUUGCAAGAAAAUUUAGAUUAGUGUAGGAGUUAAGAAUUUAAAAGCAAAGAAAAUGGCCAGAAAAUUUAUCAUUUCCUCAAAUGAGAAAACGUUCAGGAGUCCAGCUCCAUCGUCACUUCAAGAUCCUAUAAGACAAGCAGGAUUAAUUAGAAAACUAAAACAAAAAAAAAAAAAAACAAGAACAAAAGAAUAAUUCAUUUUUAUUCACCAAUUACCUUCUGAAUGUAAAUCAGCACCUCGUGUUGACGAAUAACUUUAAAAUGAGCACGUUCUUCACGUAUAAAGACACUCUCCCGCUUUUUAUACAUUCGUCGUUAGUUUAUCGGUGCUGACGUCUCGCAAUUUUUAUACUAGGCUGGCGGAGCAG